AGUACUGUCCAAUGAAAGCGCGCCCGAGUGGACAGUCAUCCUAUGUGGACUUUCUCUCUCUCAUUCUCUCGCCCCCCUCCCCUCCCUCGUCCCCCAUUCUUUCUCACUGCUGCUCAUCCUCUUUACUGGACACUAGCACAAUGUCCAUAGCCAAGUUCCAGGCGGAGUGGAAGGAAAUCGACGAGGAGUAUCAACAAUUGCAGGAAACUCACAAACUGUACAGGCAAAAACUGGAGGAGCUGACCAAUCUUCAGCUCACAUGCAGCAGUGCCAUCGGAAAACAAAGGAAAUGUCUGAAAGACCUCCAAUGCAGCUUAACCAAAUGCGUGCAAGGCUGCGAUGAAAAACAGAAGCAAGUGGUUGCGGACAUCCAAACCCAGAUCAAAGAGAAAAAGAACAUAUUCUUUGACAUGGAAGCAUAUUUACCAAAGAAAAACGGACUGUAUCUGAACUUGGUCCUGGGCAACGUGAACGUGACUCUCCUCAGCAACCAGGCCAAGUUCGUCUACAAGGACGAGUACGAAAAGUUCAAGCUGUACAUGACCAUUAUCCUCUUGCUGGGGGCCAUCACAUGCCUCUUUUUCCUCAACUAUCGCGUCACAGAUGAAAUUUUCAACUUUUUGCUGGUGUGGUACUAUUGCACAUUGACGAUAAGGGAAAGCAUCCUCAUGACCAACGGGUCCAGGAUUAAAGGUUGGUGGGUGUCUCACCAUUAUGUGUCCACUUUUCUGUCUGGUGUCAUGCUGACCUGGCCAGAGGGGCCCACGUAUCAGAGGUUCCGAAAUCAGUUCCUGGCUUUCUCCAUCUAUCAGAGUUUUGUGCAGUUCCUCCAAUACUACUAUCAGAGUGGCUGCUUGUACAGGCUGCGAACUUUGGGGGAGAGGAAUCAGCUGGACCUCACAGUGGAGGGAUUUCAGUCGUGGAUGUGGAGAGGCCUCACUUUUCUUUUGCCCUUUCUUUUUUUCGGCCAUUUUUGGCAGCUGUAUAAUUCGGUGACCUUGUUUUCCUUGGCGGGACAUGACGACUGCAAGGAGUGGCAGGUGUUCAUGCUGGCUCUUACAUUCCUGGUCCUGUUCCUGGGUAACUUCCUGACCACGUUAAAAGUGGUCCACCAAAAGGUGCACAACAAGCAGGACAAUGUGAAAAGAAGCGACUGAGACACACUGCCCACACUUGGAUUUUUUUUGGUGGUCUUUUUGGGAAGUCAACAAACUGUCGGCCGGAUUUAGCACGCAGGCGUCUGUGGAUUCUCUCGCUCUUUCUCUCAGGUGUUGACGGCAGCACCCGCCCAUGCGUCGCAAGGUUUCGAGUCCCAGGCGCAGAUUCUCGCUGACGUCCACUUUGCUGCUUCAUCCUGUGCGCGCAAACCACACAACUGACUGUUUGUUGUGCACUAAUCUACCCAUAUGCAACUAUGAGAGGGAUCCACUUUGCCUUUGGCGCGCACGAAGUUUGUCAUGUGCACUCUUUGUGGUUCGUUCCUGUGUUACUGCAGCUCUUGAUUUUGCACCUAGACCGAGAUCUACUAGACUGUCUCUUCCCAGAGAAUACAGUGAACCCCCACAUAUUUCCAUUUUUUGGGGCGGGCACAUAACUCUCAUAACCCUUAACAUUUUUUAUUUUAAUUUACUCGAUGAGUUGUUUUUUUUUGGUUAGUUUUUUUGUUUAUCAAUUUUGUUGGGGAUUUUUUUUGUCUCUGCACUAGGUCUCCCUCUCUUACAUAAAGAAGUGUAUUGCUGCCACAACGGAAAAAUCGUUAUCACAUUAAUACAGUUCGCGUUUUGCUCACACUUUAACAUACUCAGAUAAGGUUUCCUUAUUGAAUUAAUUAGAAAUGCCUUAAAUUUCUUUCACCCCACGACCCACCCCCACAACGAAGACAGCCACGUUUUGGGGGGGGGGGGGUA